AUGGCGAUUCAUCAAAAAGGGGAGGACGAUGUUAUAGCAAAGUCAAAAACCUUGAAAUUCCCACAAUUCGAUAUUAUCAGCCCAACUGAUGCUAAUCAUCAUGAUCUUAUUAGUGAUCAUUAUUUCUCAUCGAACCAUGAUCAUCUCAGUCAAAAAGCAACUGCUUAUAUAAUGAGAGAGUGGAACAUACUAAAAGACAGCCUCCCUAGUUUCAUCUACGUUAGAGCUUUCGAGGGGAGAAUUGAUCUACUAACAGCUGUGAUUAUUGGACGAGCAGGUAGUCCUUUUCACCAAGGUUUAUUUGUAUUUGAUAUUCAAUUCACUUCCGAUUACCCAAACUCACACCCAAAAUUUCAGCGUCGCUAUGCUGAUGGUUUACUUUUGAACCCUACUUUAAAUCCUGGUCGUGAUGUUUGUUAUGCACAACUAAAACCUAAAAAGUAUAGGAUGUCACCAAUGGAGUAUAGCAUGCUAGAGAUAUUAUUGUCGAUCCGAGUAAAUAUUAUUACUUCAAAACCUGAACCUACUUGCUCCGGCCAAUCUAGCCGUAUUUUGCCCACCUUUUGGGGCUACUGGAUGGAGAAAGAAUAUUUGACCUUCAACCAAGAUAUGUUUAUGCUAAAUUGUCAAACAAUGAUGUCGGUUCUUAAUAAGCCACCAAAAUGUUUGGAAGAAUUUGUUGUUCAGCAUUUCCGCGACCAUGCAGAGAGCAUACUAAUUGCUUGCAAAUCUUAUAUUGAUCCUAGCCCUCCGAAGGUCGAUAAAUAUGCUAGCAAUAAGGAUGAAUACCGCAUACAAGCGGAUGACUCAGCAUUCUCCACCACUACUACUCCAAUCAAAGAAGAAUGGGAAGAAUACAAGAUAUCCAUGAGGAACAUAUAUGUUGAAUUAGUAAAAGCGUUUAUAAAUAAUGGGUCGAAUAUUUCCAUGGAGAAUUACGUUAAUGAUGAAGAUCAUAAUAAUGUAGCUCACAUUGAUGAUGAUGUGGUUGAUAUGAAAAAUAAGCAUAGGAACCUGGGCUUUUGGGUAAAAUUACUUCAGUGUUGGAGAUUCAUGAUAAUAUAG